AUGACUGCUCAUAUCUUGUGUCCUUCUUUCGCAGGUCCGAUCAUGAGACACCUCGACACAACACCGCAGUACCUCAAUGCCUCCAAUUUAGCUUGUGCUAACCGCCCAAAUAAUUCGUCCUUGAUUGCCAAUCUUUUCCCUCUCCAUCAAGAUGAUCAGACUUCCACUGCAUCGGCAUUCUCUGUUGCAUCAGCACCGCCCAUGGUUGCAAAUGAAAAUGUCGACCCAAUCGAGGUGGAAGUUGAAGCAUUAUCAACACCGUCUAGAGCGAGGCCCGUCUCAAAAGAUGUCACCGUUUUGAAAUACCCAAGCCAGACCAAAAGAUCCAUGAGCUGCAGUCAGAACGAGAGGAAAGUGAAUCCCCAAAACAGCCCUCGUACUGCUCUAAAGGCAAUUCAUGUUCGACAGCCUCUGGCAGAACUGGGUGAACAGAAACGGAAGCCACAACCCCUGCACAGACGUAUCAGGCCAAUGUUCGGAAUGAAUUUACCUGCAGCCCUGUCCUCGAACGCAGACCUGCACGUCGGCACCUAUGCUCAAGAAGCAAAGUCGACAGAUGCCAGUAUCGAUGGCCAUGACGUAUCUCAAUCCUUACAGUCUCCUCAUGGCACAAGUCAGCCAACAACUUCAGUCAACACCGAGGCAGACACACAUGCAAAUUUAGAAUGUACACCCAAGUUGCACCACAGAAAGCGGCUUUCAACAGCAUCUUCGGGCUUUGUGCACACCAUCAAAACGGCAAGUCUCAGCAAUGCCAGCUUCAGUCUCGCGCCCUUGUCCACGAGGAUCGGUCGGUCUACUGACAGCUAUCUUGCUCCUGGAUCUCAUCACCGCCCAUCUAUAGACAGCGAUAGACCUGCGACGAACUCGUCAAUGGACGAUGCUGCUUUUCGCAGAGGUUUGAGGCGACGCCAGAUUAUCGGAGAGCUGGUCCGGACAGAAGAGAGCUACGUCGCUGACUUAAAAUCACUUAUUUACGUUUACUCCACACUUCUGGCAACAUCAAUGAGCUUCCCAAGCGAACUUCGAACUACAGUCCAACGAAAUUUCCAUGAACUGCUUCACAUUCACGAAAGGCUACUUGACCGUCUUCAUCAGGUGGGAUAUGAAGCAGCGGUCAGAAAAUGGGCCGACACAAGUUCGCCACUUCGUCUUGGGUCUGCACGUCAGCAUAGGCGCUGGCUAAGCUUGGAGACUAAUUUGGUGAGCAAGUUUGGCCAUGCUCAACGACAUCGACAGAACUCAGUAGACUCUGGGGAAAUGAUUCACGGUCGAGCGGAACUGGGAUGUUCUGAACCACGAGACGUUUCCGACAUUGCAAUCCUGUUCAAAGAAUUUUUGAACGACUUCUCUGCGUAUGAAGAAUAUUGCGCGAAUCAUAGCAUUGUGGCACACGAACUUCAGAAGCAGGUAACCACAUUGUGGUCGACCUACGAAUCUGGCAUGGAGUCCCUCGCAAAAUCUCUCGUUGCAAUUGAUCAUCGAAAGCGCGAUGAGCGCAGAGGUGGAACGGUGGGCGACCUUCUCAUCAAGCCAAUACAACGUUUGACCAAGUAUCCUUUGCUUUUCGAGGAUUUACUCCGACAGACGCCAGUCUCGGAUUGCCCAUCCACUCACGUCGAGGUUGAAGCAACAAUCCAAUGUUUGAGAGAGUUGGUUCGCGCUGUCAAUGGAGCGACGAAUAAUAGCGAAGCUCGCGCUCAAGUUCUGCGUCGCCAGGCAUUGCAAUCAAGGCUCAACUACGAAAGAGUGACGCUCCAAUCAGACAACUAUCGGCUCUUGGGCGAUGUUCACCUAUGUGGUGUUCUGUAUGUAACAUGGCAAACCAAAAGAAGGAUUGAUGGCGCUUACGCGGUAUGUGUGCUGUUCGACUUCAGCUUGUUGAUCGCGCUGCCAGCAGGAACAACACCUCGACUGGACCUUGUUGCAUUUUUGCACCUUUCCGACCUCAAGAUUGAAUCGGCCAGCGAUGGCCAGGGUCUUCAGUGCCAUUCAACACUUCAUACGUGGAAAAUAUGUGCCCGAGUCGGUGGUAAUCUAAGUGAACUCAUCUUGAGCGCCUGCUCCUCAAACGAGGAAGCCGUGUGGAAGGACGGUCUACGCGGAAGAUAUGCUCCAAAGAACAGAGUGGAAGACGUUUCGACGCAGAUUCCCAGCAGUGUCAGUUUGGAUCUGAGAUCAGUUGGAGCAGUUUAUGGUCCACAGAGUACAACUUUGGAUCGGAACCCUUCACGAUCAGCGACAGUGGGAAACCGAGCCAACGUCUAUCAGGUUAUCAUCCGAAACACGCACAAUCCUCAGGACCUUCACGAGUAUCGUCAGACGACUUCGUCAUCGAUCAACAGAUCACAGUCUCACAUGACGUCAAACCGUAUCGUUAUCUUGUCGCCAAAAAGAUCUGAACGAGCGAGAUUGGAGUCAAGUUUGGCAGACAUAUGGACAAAGGACAAACUGCCUUUUCCGGGAAUGAUUGGCUCGCGAGGCGGUCAGAUCAUUCGAGCUUCUGCCGGCUCUUUAGCACGAAAGCUAAGUUUGGCAUCAAUUCAUGCUCCUUUCUCACGGCGCACAGGGAGCAUUUCUGUAGCCUCGAGAAAAUCCUAUGAUACCAUGACUGAUGGGAGUCGAAGUAAAAGGAAGGUAUCACCUCCAGUCUUUGAAGUUCGCAAAGAAAGUUUCGAAGAAUUGACGUCUGGACCUGCCAGGAAGAAGUCUCACGAAGUGCCAGAAAUUGAUACAAUGGAUAAUCUCGUCAGUCGCAUGAUUGGAAACAGUGGAAGCAAGAAAUCGGGCUUCUCACAAGGUAUUGGGGACUUGACACCAUCACACACAAGCAACAAUGUUCUACCAGAAGAUCCCGCCGAUAUAGUCUGUUCCGAAGAAAAGGAAAAGAGUGAGAAGGACGAAGUGAUUGAGCAGAGCUUUGGAGGCAAAAGGAAACGAUGGAGCAAUCCAAUUGGAAUACUGAAGGGGUUAUCCAGCGAAGGACUUCGCCACAUGUUGUAUUCAAGCAAGUAA